AUGGAUUUACCGACUGUGACACCAAUUUCUGGUCAUCAACAAGUUCUUUAUAGUAUAAAAACUAAAAAUCUUUCUUAUAAAAUAUCAACAACCAGCUACGAUCAGCUCGGUUGUGGCGUUAACCAGAAGCCUAGGUGUAUUUUGAAGAAUGUGAACUGCGAAGCCAAACCGAGGGAGAUAACAGCCAUUGCUGGCUCCAGUGGAGCAGGAAAAACCACAUUGUUGGAAAUUCUUGGCGGAGUCAUUGUUCCGAGUAGAGUCAGCGGUCAUGUUCUCGUGAAUGAUCAGCCUCUGAAUGUGACACACUUCCGGAGAAUGUCUGGUUAUGUGACACAAGAUGAAGCUCUAUUCCCACUUCUUACUGUUGAAGAGACUAUAAGGUAUAGUGCACGUCUCAGGCUGCGUGUAGGGCGUGAGGUGGCCAAAAAAAGAGUUCAAGAGCUGUUGAAGGAGCUUGGACUGGACCAUGUUGCUGAUGUGAGAAUUGGCAGUGAAUCCGGCAGAGGAAUUUCUGGUGGCGAGAAGCGUCGAGUAUCAAUUGGGGUUGAUUUAGUUCAUGAUCCUGCUGUAGUUUUGAUUGAUGAACCAACAUCAGGACUUGACUCUGCCUCUGCUCUUCAUGUGAUGUUGCUGCUUAAAUCCAUGGCUAAGAAUCAAGGCAAAACCAUCUUGUUAAGCAUCCAUCAACCCGGCUACCGGAUUCUUGAGUUAUUUGACAAGGCCAUUCUAUUGUCCAAUGGCAUUUGUCUUCAUGAUGGAACCCUGCAUUGCCUAGAGGAGAGGCUCGUUUCCACAGGCCAUUUCAUCCCUCAUCAUGUCAAUGUGCUUGAAUUUGCCAUUGAGGUCUCAGACAGCCUGCAUGUGGAAGAAACUGAUAUCGAAACUGGUGAAUCAGAACAUAACACUAACCUUGACAGCAAUUCGCCUGUUAUUUCCAAUGUGGAGGAAAAGCACAUAUCUUACUCAAAUUCCAUGUUCAAGGAGAUAUUAAUACUGACUCAGAGAUUCUCCGAAAACAUCUUCAGAACCAAGCAGCUUUUUGCUGCAAGGACGAUUCAAGCUUUGGUUGCAGGGAUCCUAAUAGGGACAAUAUUCCUAAACGCAUAUAAUAAUCCAAAGAGAUCGGACGUACAAACUCAAUUUGGAUUCUUCGCAUUCAGUCUGACGUUUUUGUUGUCAUCCACGACAGAAGCUUUGCCAAUUUUCUUGCAAGAGCGGAGAAUCUUGAUGAGAGAGACCUCAAGAGGAGCCUAUAGAUUAUCUUCUUACAUCAUAGCAAACACUAUAGUGUUUCUUCCCUUCCUUCUGUUAGUGGCUCUUCUAUACACUACACCAGUUUACUGGCUAGUUGGAUUGAGACGAGAUAUUGAUGGAUUUCUGUAUUUCUCUCUGGUGGCUUGGAUGGUUGUCUUGAUGUCAAAUUCUUUCGUAGCAUGUUUUAGCGCUCUAGUACCAAAUUUCAUCUCAGGAAUGUCCUUGAUUGCGGGCAUUAUAGGGGCAUUCUUCCUCUUUUCAGGCUACUUUAUACCCAAGGAAAAUACGCCCGAGUGUUGGGUUUUUAUGCACUACUUAAGCUUGUUCAAAUAUCCUUUUGAGAGCUUUCUGAUAAAUCAGUUUGGAGGGGACGAGGGGCGAAGGAAAUGCGUGGCAAGUGUUGGAAGAGUGUGCAUACUGCAUGGUAAUGAGUUCUUGAGGAGGCAAGGCAUAGAGGAAUCACAGAAAUGGAAUAACUUAAUUAUAAUGUUGGCUUUCAUUUUGGGCUACAGGCUUCUCUGUUUCUUGAUUCUGUGGUGCAGAUCUUACCGGAGCAGAAACUAA